CAUCCAUGACGGCAAAAGCGUGUGUUAGUUAUGAAGGUAGAAAGAGAAAAUAUCUCGUCAGCGCUAAAAACGGACGAUGUGUUUCGUUCUUCUUACGGCGUAGGUCAUCACUGGCGCUCCCCAUAUUACUUUCCUGAUAGUAACACCUUGCAAACGCUCUCGAAAAAUGUUGUGUGUUCAAAAAUCCAGGAAAAUGUUGUUAAACCAGCUGAGCACUACCAGACAACUACAGGCACUACGCAUAAUUACAAAAUAAUUCCAGAGGAACUGCGGGUCAAUGGAAACUCGCUUGCGCCGCAUCACUGGAAAUUGCAUUAUAUUAAUGAAUUUAGAACAAGAUACCUGGCAAAGCACCCAACUAGGUCUUUGAGUCCAAGUAAUCAGAAAACGGAAACACAAGAUUCGUAUCAAGCCUGUGAUGGUCCUGCUGAAUUAUGGCGUCCAUCAAGCAUAAAGCCAUUCGUUCUUGAACAGCAUCACAACAAGACACAAUCACAGAAAGACUGGUUGGUCAUUCCAGUGGAGUAUUGUAUCCAAAAAGCAACGAGGUCAUGAGAGAGCUUGAUCCAUACCUUACGACAUCAUUGAAGACUCAUCGCUUCUGGACAAAAGAGGAUUUAAACGGAUACGCUAAAAAUGACAUUAAAAC